AUGAAGAUGGUAGGAAGGUUUGCAUCACUUGUAUUGGUCAUUGGAGCAGCCACGGUUGCAGGUAUUCUAGUAGUAAGAAAGCGUCGUCAACAUGUCCUCAAGUCAUGUGGUUGCAAUGAUGGUGAAUGCUGCAACUCUGUACGUCCAUCGGAACGUCGUUAUCAAUUACCACACGCUCAUGUGGAACAUUGGGAGAAACGCGAUGGUGAAUGUGAUCCACAAUGGGCAACGCUUGCACCAGGAAAUACAAGUAUAGACGAUACAAGUAUAGGACGUAGUAGUUUUGGUACGUUGAUUCUACUACGACAUGGUCAGAGUGUGUGGAAUCGUAAACCUGAUCGUCCGACGGAUUUAUGGCGCUAUGCUGGUUCGAUUGAUAUUCCUUUAAGUGAAGUAGGUAUGCAAGAAGCUUUUGAGGCUGGAAAACGACUGAAACAUGUACCAAUUGAUGUGGUCUUUUGUUCUCAAAUGGACCGUGCACGUACGACCAUGUCAUUGGCUUUAAGUGUUCAUCCUAGUAAGAAAACACCCGUUGUGGAACAUUGUUCACCACUUGAGAAACCAGUUUUUCAAGGAGUGAAUGAUAAAAACCCUUACGAAUUUAUUAUUCCAGUGUACGUGUCACCGACGCUAAAUGAGAGGAAUUUUGGAGACUUGCAGGGAGUACCAAGCACGAAACACACUGUUAUGUUUGACAAGGAGCACGUGAAGAAGAUUCGAAAUGAUUACUAUACGCGGUUUCCAGGUGAAAAUGGUGAAAGCUGUCAAGACAUUCACAACCGGACCGUCCCAUUUUUCAAUUCGUUUAUCUUACCGCAUCUUGCUGCGGGGCGAAACGUCUUAGUAUCCUCGCAUGGUUUUGUCAUUCGGACGCUCAUUAAGUACCUCGAUGGUAUGGAUACAGAUGAGUUCAACGAGCAGAUGAAGCUAGAAAAAACAGCACCUGAUAAAUGCUUGCUGCUCGCUCCGACUGGAGUCCCACUCAUGUAUAAGUAUGAGAAGGGAAAGUUUACAAAGAUUGCACAGUCGCAUCGUGACCGUGCCGAGAGUCUGAGCCGCAGCAUUGCACCGUAUUAG